GAACCCAUCUGGUGCUGUAUGAACUGCCUACAUAAAGAACGAUCUAUUUUAUCAUCGAUUAUUCCUUUCGGAAUACUGUUGUCAGAAUCGAAAAAAAAGGUCAGUCUGUUUGUCCGGUUUGCGGGUGGGGAAAAGUUGUUGAACCCUUACAUUUAUAUAUUUGUUAACAUAAUUUCUAGUUAUGCUUAGUUUUGCAUUUUCGGCCGUUAUUCUAUGUAACAGUAAGACGUUUGAAUCCCAAAGUACAGUUCGGACGCUUUAGCAUUUUCUAGCCGGACUUCGUUAAAACCCGGCCAAGAUGACACUUUACUUCCGAUGGAUAAGAGUUCUUAAGUAUUAUUUAAAUAUCAAAGUCAUCCUCGGGCUUGUCCCUUUGGUAGUGAUUGUCAACACCAUCCUGUAUGUGUUGCUCUUUUCUAAGUCGAACGUCAUUGUGAUCAGGAUGAUCGACAUACCAGACAGUUUGGUUACAGUCGAGAAACUCUCAAAUAGUACAAUGCCGUAUUGUGAAGUUGCAAGGAGAGAGAGGAGUUUGAUUCUCCAGCCGCCUUCUCAGCCAGUUCCAGAAGAAAUUCUGGACCUACUCGCUACAGACACAAGAAUACAGAAAGGCGGUGCUUGGAAGCCGGAGAACUGCAUCUCACCGCACAAAGUCGCGCUUAUUAUUCCGUACAGGGACAGAAAAGAAAAUCUCAGGGAUUUUCUCGCAUAUAUGCAUCCAUUCCUUCAGAAGCAGAAUCUGGAUUAUCGCAUCGUAGUCGUAGAACAGACAGACAGGCCGUUCAAUAGGGCAAAGCUGUUCAACAUAGGCUUUGUAGAAACCGAGAAGAUUGAUAACUUCCAUUGCUACAUAUUCCACGAUGUCGACCUUCUCCCGCAGAAUCUUAACAAUAUUUAUGGUUGUACCAACUACCCUCGGCACAUGUCAGCCAACAUCAACAUAUUCGACUACAAAGUCCCUUAUGAUUCCAUAUUUGGCGGGUCCGUUGCUAUUUUAAAAAGCCAGUUCCAGGCGGUCAACGGAUUCUCGAACAUUUUCUUCGGAUGGGGUGGCGAGGACGAUGACUUCUACAACAGAGUGACAAGAAACGGUAGUAAAAUUUGUAGAUUUUCCUCGGAUGUAUCACAAUACGUGAUGCUUUCUCAUAAAAAGGAGAAACCGAGUUCAGACCGGUAUUAUGUCCUCGUUACAGGAAAAUAUCGGUUUCUUACAGAUGGCCUUAAUUCUCUUAAAUACAGUGUGAUUAAAAUAGACAUGUUACCUCUGUACACGAGGAUUCUUGUAGAUAUUUAACUAGCCGCUCCUGGCACUGGUUAGAGAAAUUCAACAAUGCAGGGAUGCUUGGAAAAGAAAUAUAUAUACUGACAUAUUCUUUCAUAUUUAUGAGGGAAUAAAAGGGAUUAACGUACAUUGCUAAACAAUCAUUGUAUAAUUACUUAUAACGAACUUAUGGAAGUAUGAUUAUUCCAUUUACUAUAUACUUCACGAAUUGCAAAUCUUUAGAAAGUUGGGUUUAUUUUUUUAUUUUAUGUUUUUACAAAACACGCCAUUUAUUUUUAAGCUAUAUGUUUUAAUUGCUAAUGCAUUUUGGGCCAAGUCCUCUUCAGAGCUCAACAUUUAGCUAAGUGGCCUGAAACGCAUAGCAAUUAAAAUAUAUAUCAUAAAAAUAAAUAGUGUGUUUAGUAUUAAAAAAAUAACCCUCUUUCUAGAUUUAAAAUAUGUUACCACCAAACUAAAAUUAAUUAUAAAGUAAAAAUAAAAUUUGAAUUAUCUUCACGGAUCGCUUCAACUAAUUAUAGUCAACUGGAACAAUCACAACUACAGUUUGCUUUAAAAUGCAAUGAUUGAACACAUUUAAGUGAAAUUAUUUAUAAAUAUUCAUAAGAAAUAGUAUAAAUGCGCAGUCUAAAGUGAGGAGAACACUUAAUAAGAUUUGAAAAUACUAUUUUUGCACACAAUUCAAAUAUUUAUUUAAAAUUUUGUUAUAAAUUGAAACUGAAUAAUACUCUUAACAUAAUAUUCAUUGCUCUAAAUUAAAGACUGGCCAUAAUGUUUAUUUUUAAUUACAUUAUUUAUUUAAAUCUAUUGAUAUUAAACAAGUGUACUUGGAUUUAUCUUACUGGUUAUAUUUAUUUUGUUAUUUUUGCAAAUUGUACUUUUAAUUGGAUUUCUGUACUUUAUUCGCACAAUAAAUGCACAAAAAAAAAAGAUAAGCACUUAGACUGUACAAGACUGUUGGAGUAUUACGUGUAAAUUGGUAAAUGUAACUUAUUUUUAAAAAAGUGUCAAAAAUUCCAUAUUGCAAAUAUAAUAAUUUUUUAUCUAUAUGGUAUGCCAUCUUAGUAUUUUAUUAAGUUUGCUUACUCAGUUAUGUUUAAAGUCUGGUCUUUUAAUCAGCGAUAUUUUAACCGUGUGAGUGAAGAUAAUUUUGUUACAUUUUUAGUGCCAAAAAUUGUACGACUCAAAA